AUGGAUGUAUUAGCUCACUGUAGGAUUUAUCCCCUUGCAAAUUAUAUUCGACCGGAAUUGAAAUUCAUUAAUAUAUCGAAUGAUUUAAUAAUUAAUAACAAUAAGUCAAUCAUUUCUGUAAAUGACCAUCUGGAUGAUGACAAAAAUGAUGAUAAUAAUACUAAUAAGGUGGCAUUAGCACAUUUAAUUGAACACGAGUUUAAACUAACAACCUUCAAAAAGAAACUACUCAUUGACCUCAUAACAAUACCGAAUCAUGAGAAAAACGGCAAAAAUUCAUAUUUAAUCAUUGAUAUAUCAUCUACAUGGAAACAAUAUCUUAUAGAACUGUUUGACAGGGAAAAUAACCAAACUAAUUUUACAACAUCAAUCAAUUAUAUGAAUUCAUUCUCGAUACUGAAUAUGGAUGGACUAAUAAAUUUUUUGAUGCAAUUGAAUGGUUCUCCGAUAGACGCUUUAAAAAGGUGUCAACAAUACCCUUCGACAUCCAGUGAUAGCAUUGACCAAUACCAGCUGUCUGGAAUCAUAAUAGAUAACUUGUCAUAUAUAUCAUCUUCCUCAUCCUCCUCGACAUCAACUUUCCCAUUGUUGUUAAAAUUACUGAAACUGUUAAGAAAAUCUUUUGGUUGUUGGAUCUUCACAACAAGUUAUGGAAUCUCUUAUUAUAAAGGUAUAGAAAAUUCGUUAGAAUCAUCACCAUCUUCCUCAUCAAUACACUUACAACAGCAUUCAAAAAAAUUGCCUACAUAUUUUCCUGAGUCAUUUAUAAACGGUAUGGAUAUGAUCUUACUUCAUGAAACAGAACUAAAGUCAAGAAUUUUAUAA